UUGGUCCACCAACAAAAGUAGAUGCUCUCUUCUGCUCUCUGGUGCCAGACUUGAAAUCCGCAAGCUUCACUUGUAAAGAUGAUAUCUAGUUCGCGGCCUCUAUGCAAAGUAGCCUGUUCUUUAGUUCCUGUUUCCUUUACCGGUUCUUCAUCUACUUCGACUUUUUCGCAAAAUCCCCAAAAAGUCAGUGUCUGGAAAGAAGCAAGACUUGUUAAUGGAAAGAAAAGAGGAGGGAUUGUUGUGUGUGAUGCAUCGUUGUUUCCAGUAGAUCCAUGGGCACCCACUAUUGAUUCUCAGAGCAUUGCUUCUCAGCUCUUUGCUUUCUCUCUGUUUCCUUACAUUGGUUUCUUGUACUUCAUUACUAAAUCUAAGUCUGCCCCUAAGCUCACUCUUUUUGGAUUCUACUUCUUGCUUGCCUUUGUGGGAGCCACUAUCCCAGCUGGCAUUUAUGCAAAAGUGCAGUAUGGAACUUCCUUGUCUAAUGUGGAUUGGUUACAUGGGGGAGCUGAAUCGCUUCUUACUCUAACCAACUUAUUCAUCGUAUUGGGGCUGAGGCAAGCUCUUAGAAAUAAUUCAAAAGAUACUCAAAAACCAGCAAUCAAAAAUGAAGAGAAGUCUUCUGUUUAGAUCGUGCAGCAUUUUAGGUGGCGUUAAUUCUUCCUGGAACUGCUGUUUAAUCAAAGUGAUGCUCAACCACAAGUAUAUAGGCAAUACAUCAAGUUCUAGCUUUUUACCAACCGCUUGAGAUAUCAUAUGAUCAUUGUCAACAUUUGUUGAAUGGAUUGCCCUUUUUGAACCUAGAAUUAUGUAUUUCAUUUAUUUUGCUCUGUUUAAUUCACCCUUUUGUGUCAUUAAAUGCAUAGAUUUUGCUAUGCUGUUCGUGCAAAUUGUUGAAAAUGCUUACUUCCAUUGUCUGCAAUGGAGUAUUGGGGUUAUCUAAUUUCAAUAGAGAUUUUUAUACAUAAUCAUGUAAUUAUUGUUAUUAUUUGUGAGAAAAUUCCAAAAUUUGACAAUA